CUCCUGAACAUCUUCUCCGCUAAAGUCUUGUUCAUCGUUGGAGUUAUCUUCUUCGUAGCUGUGCGUUUCUUUCUUCAUCCUCAAAUGUCCCUUUGCCAUUCUUGUUCCUCUUGCACUUGUAAUGGUUGGGGGAAGAAGAACCCUAGUUUAUCUUCACGUGGUGUUGGAGGAUCGAGGAGUUUGGGUUCACAACCGCUUUGCUACUGUGGAGAGAAAUCAGUUUUAAGAACUGCGAAAACAGUAAAGAACAGGGGAAAACAAUUUUGGGGUUGUUCGAAAUAUAAGAGUGGAAAUGAAGAUGGUGGAUGCAAUUACUUUAAAUGGUGGACUGAAGAUGGCAUUGAACAGAUUGGUAACAGUGAGAAUUGCGAAGGAAGGGGUGAAAUUAUGGUGAAGACUGAAGAAAGUGAUGGUGAUAGGAAAACGAUAAUUAAGUUGGAGAAAUCAGUUGCCAUAUUUGAGAAAUGGAUGAAGGUGUUGAUUGGGAUGGUUAUCUUUGUUUGUGUGGUUAAUGUAAUAGUGUUGUCAGUCCUGAUAAAGAAUGCGUGAUUAGUUGUUGUAGUGUCCCUUAGUGGUUAU